AUGGCGCUCGACGGCGAGAACAGAGACGGUGGCUCCGCCUCCGUGAGAGUCCUCAAGCAUUGCCUCGAAGAUGUAGACUCAAUAAGCUCUUUGCCUGAUGUGAUCCUCCAAGAAAACCUCUCCUUAAUUCCGACCAAAUUCGCCAUAAGAACAUCGGUCUUGUCCAAACGAUGGAGGCAUGUUUGGUCCGAAACACCUUCCCUCGACUUCGAUGAUUGCUAUAAACUAGAUGUUGAUUUUAUAGACAAAACCCUAGCUCUCUACAGGGCUCGCAAGAUUAUGACUUUUGACCUCUGGAUCACCAACGGAAUCAAUCUUCCUUACAUUGAUGGAUGGAUCAAGUUCGCCAUGUCCCGAAACGUGGAGAAUCUGUUUCUGAGUUUCGAUUUUCGGUUAUAUGAUGUUCCUGAUUACUUGUACAUCAAUUCCUCUGUCAAGCAACUCUCCAUUGCUAAGAUUCUUUCUGGUUGUCCGAUUAUCGAAAGCUUAACAUUGCAUUUUUGUGAUCAACUGAUGGUUCUUGAUCUCACCAAAUCACCGAGUUUGAAAAUAUUGGAAAUCCAUGGUAGCAUUUGGGCUAAAGUAGACAUUUGCUUUUGCUCACUUAAAGAGAUAAAGGCUAAUUUCCUUCUCGACACGGUGCUCAAGUGUCUUUACAAGUUGCAGAAUGUAGACAAGCUUACCUUUGGGGCAAACUUUCUUAAGGGCCGCGGUCUUCCUUUUCCGAUGUUCAAGGCUAAAGCUUUGACUCUCGAGACAACGAUCUCUAAAUACGUUAUUCCUGUACAGGGUGAGUAUGAUCCCACGUACUUGCGUUGCAUGAAGCUGGAUCAUUGCUCGAUCUUUGCAAAGAUUUCCCGUCGGAAUGUAGAGUCAAAGCAUGUGGCUUCGUUCAUGGAACUUAUGAUUAAAACCACAAAGAAAUUAGAGAAGAUGGUCGUAAGGUUGGAAAGUUAUCUUGAUGGAAGAGGUUUCGAAGAAUUGCUUGAGAUGGUUCCAAUGCUUUCUCAAAACAACAAUGUCUCCAUUGUGCUUAGCUCAACCAAGCCGAGACAGAGUCUUUAG